GUAGCAACCAAAUAUGUGUGCCCUAAAGGAUCAUCAAAAAUAACAUCUGGAACAGGGAAAGCUGGGUGCAGAUACACUGUGGAUAUGGGAGGAGUGGUGUUAUCAAUGCAGGGCUGCAGUCACACUUGUCAGACAGUCAUUUUGGAACCUGCAUGCUGCAAAGGAUUCUGGGGUUCUACAUGCUCAGAAUGUCCUGGAGGAUCUACUCGCCCUUGCAGUGGUCACGGUGUCUGCAUGGAAGGACUGAAUGGCAAUGGGACUUACUGUCAAUGUAAACGUGGAAUUUGUAAUAAUGGAAUUAAAGGAGAUGGAAGCUGUACCUGUGAAGCAGGCUAUAUGGGUUCUACAUGUGAGCUAGAAUCCUUAUCCUGCAAAGCUCUGAACUGCGGAGUAAACGCACGCUGUGUACAGUCAGGCACAAACCUUAAAUGUGACUGUAUGCCAGUCUACAAGAAGCUGGACGGUGUCUGCAAACCCGAAGACCCUUGUAAGUCUUCACCCUGCAAUACAUGGGCAGACUGCAAGGUAACGGGGCCACGCCAGUACACAUGUACCUGUAAAUCUGGUUACUAUGGGGAUGGAAAGACUUGCCUGGCUUUUAAUCCAUGUUCAAUUAACAACGGAGGAUGUCCAGAGAACACUACUAAAUGUGUAUAUCGAAGUCCAGGAAAGUCUUAUUGCAGUUGUCUCCCUGGACUGAUAAGUCGAGGUGCGCCUUCUCAGUGCACUAUGCCGGACGUUUGUCGCUCACUCACUUGUGGAAAGAGUGCACACUGUGAAGUAGUGUCCCCUGGAAAACACAAGUGCGUUUGCAUGGAAGGAGAAAUCGGGGAUGGCAGAAAUUGCUAUGGUAGCCUUUUGUAUGAGAUUCAGAAGUUUAACAUUGAGAGCACAGACUUGAAAAAACAGAGUGGAGCAUUAAGGGUUUUUGAGGAAGGGUGUGCACUGGCGCUACGGAAAUUUGGUCCUUUCACAGUAUUUGUUCCUCUUAUGAAAGCAAGUCAAAUGAAUGAAACCACGGCUAAAUUAUUUUGUAAAGCUCACAUUGUUGCUGGCCUGUACUUGAAUUACAAUUUGAAGGACAUUGGUGAACUGUGGACGAUAGGUGGGGAUAUCCUGAAAUUUUCAGGGCUGUAUAUAAUGUGUGUUUAUGCUACACUUGAUCCACAGAGGUUCACUAAAUCCUCCAAACCUAUAGAAUCCUACAUAAUUACAAAACUGGACCUACCAGCAGCCAAUGGCAUUAUCCAUGUUAUCAACAAAGUAAUUGAAUAUGACAACACAGAAGUCAUUAGAAGCCAGAGCCAGAUGACCAUUGGUGACAUACUUGCCACAGAUGACAGAUUCAGCCGAUUUGAAACUUUGUUGGAGAACUGUGAUCUUCCACUAAUGUUAAAUGGACACGGCUUCUUCACUGUGUUUGUCCCAUCUAACAAGGCUGUGGAUUCUUUAAGAGAUGGAAGGUUGAUAUAUCUUUUGACUCAGGCUAAACACAAACUGUUGGAAUUGGUUAAAUAUCAUAUUUCUUCUGUAGCCUCUGUCACUUUGGAUAGAUUAAUUACAAUGCCACAUAUUGUGACUACCUCAAAUGAGAUGAUAAAGAUAAAUGUGACACACAAUGGGAGAAUUCUGUUUGGAGACCCAGGAAUCCCUCUUAUUCAUAGCGACAUAAUUGCUUCUAAUGGUGUAAUUCACGUGCUUGAUGGAAUUUUAAUACCGUCUGGCAUUUUGCCAAUUCUGCCAUCUAAAUGCAACGAGACACUGGAAGAAAUAAUACAGGGUCCAUGCUCCAACUGUGACUCCAUUGCUCCAUGUCCAAACGGUACCAUAGACUUGGUGCUUGGGUGUUGUCAUGGUUUCUUUGGUCCAGAUUGCAAACUUUGUCCUGCAGGAUUCUAUAACCCGUGUUAUGGACGUGGCAGUUGCAAUAGUGGCAUUCGUGGGAAUGGGAAGUGUGUAUGCUUUGAGAAAUAUAAAGGAAUUGCUUGCCACAUCUGUUCUGAUCCAAAUAAACAUGGAGAUGAAUGUGAAGAAGACUGCAGGUGCGUCCAUGGAACAUGUGAUAACCGCCCGGGGAGUAAAGGGGUGUGUCAGGGUGGACGAUGCAAAGAUGAUUACGUUGGAGACUUCUGUGACCAGCAUUCAGAGCCGUGCAAAUCAUUAAAUGUGACACAGUUUUGCCAUUUAAAUGCAGUCUGCGUAUCUACUGAUGGCAACACCAGAUGUCAAUGUAAGAAUGGAUAUGAAGGAGAUGGAACUUCCUGUCAGCCUGUAGAUGACUGCAAGAAGCCGGAAAGAGGGGGAUGUUCGGAGAAUGCCAUUUGCAUCAGUGCCCCUACAGGGGUCAUGUGUCAAUGUAAUCCUGGCUGGAGCGGCGAUGGGAUAGAAUGUAUACCUAUUGACAACUGUGUCUUGGAAGAUAGAGGAGGCUGCCAUGUUGAUGCUGACUGUCAUUCUACCCAGCCUGGCAAGAAUGACUGCAUUUGUAAGAAAGGCUAUGCCGGUGAUGGGUACUCCUGCGACCCAGUUAACAUAUGUUUACAAAACAAUGGCGGCUGCAACGCAAUGGCAAAAUGUAAUCCAACCUCAGGAGGAGAGAGGACAUGUACAUGCCCUGAAGGUUUCGCAGGGGAUGGCCUAGCUUGUUAUGGUGACAUAUUAUUGGAGCUGCUCAGAAUUCCAGAAGUGUCCAUUUUCAGCCAAUGGUUGACGUAUUCCGAGUUCAGGAUUCGUAUUGGAAGUAAUGUAACUGCACUAAUCCCAUCUGAUACAGCAAUAAUGGCUCUUACUCAGGAGGACAGCAAGUUUUGGAUGGAUUCUUACAUGAUGCCUUUUCUAAUCAGAGCACACUUUCUCCAGGAAGCGUACUCAUCAGAUCAGCUAAAACAACAUGCAAACGAGGAGCUUUCCACCUUGGAUCCCAGAACCAAAUGGGAGAUAAGAAUUAUUGAGGGGAAUCUGACAAUUAAUAAUGCAAGGGUUAUUACUCAAGAUAUUCCAGCUUCAAAUGGAUUUAUUUUCAUUAUUGGACAGGUUUUGAUGCCGCCAUUAGGAAAUAUACCUCCAAGAAAACCAGGACUGUUACAAAAAUUAGAACAAAAUCCAUCUUGGGAAGAAUUUAAACUAGAAAUGCAGAAAUCAGGCCUCGUUCAGGAAAUUGAAGCAUCACAGCACUAUACAAUUUUUGUUCCUGAUAAUUCUGCUAUAAAGAAGUUUUACAAUCAAUCUGGAUUGAGCAACAUGGAUAACAGCACAAUAAAGUAUCACAUCAUUCUGGGUGAGAAGCUGAUGCCUGCAGACCUAAUGAAUGGAAUGCAUAGAUCUAGCAUGCUGGGCUUAUCUGACUGGCUGAUGUUUUUCAAAAGGUACAACCAGACAUUUGUUCAUGAUAUUCCACUGGAUGGCAACUUUUAUGAAACGAAAAAUGGAAUGCUCAUGGGAAUAUCUGAUGUCCUAAAGGUCUUGAAUAACCGUUGUGAUAUUUCAGUAACAAUAGAGAAAAAGAUAAAAUGCAGCGCCUGUGGCAAACGCAUACAGUGUCCAGAAGGAACAGAUCUUGAGGAACCUCCGGGCACAGAAAAAUGUCUCUACAAAAGAAGGAACAAGGAGGUUCAAGGUUGCAGAUACAAAUGUAUCUUUACAAAAGUUACUCCACAGUGCUGUACAGGAUAUUAUGGACAUCAGUGUAUAUUGUGUUCAGGAGGUCUGAACAAUUCCUGCUCUAAUAAUGGAAAGUGCCAAGAUAGCAUUACGGGCACUGGAGAAUGUAUCUGUAAAGAGGGUUUUCAUGGAACUGCGUGUGAAACCUGUGAACCUGGAAGAUACGGCGCUGACUGCAAAGCAGACUGUGAUUGCAUUCAUGGAAAAUGUAACGAUGGACUCCAUGGGGAUGGAUUGUGUCAGUGUGAUAAAGGCUGGACUGGUUCUGUCUGUGACAUAGAUAUUAACAAUGAUUUAUGCAAUGGCACCUGCAGCCUCAAUGCCAAUUGUAUUCCAGGACCUAAAAACACCACCGGAAAAUGCUUCUGCCUUGCAGGAUAUACAGGAAAUGGCACACAUUGUACAGAGAUUGAUGUCUGCGCUGCUAACAAUGGUGGAUGUUCUGUUUAUGCAAAUUGCACUAAGGCUCCAUUAGGACAAGCACGCUGCACCUGCAUUGAUGGCUACAGUGGAGAUGGAAUCAUCUGUUUUGAGAUUGAUGCAUGUUUGGAAAAUAAUGGUGGUUGUCAUCCAAAAGCAGAAUGCACAAAAACUGGACCAAACAAAGUUGCUUGCAACUGUCUUCCAGGGUACAAAGGAAAUGGUACACAGUCCUGCCAAGAAAUCAACAUUUGCGAUGAGGACAAUGGAGGUUGCAGCCCAUAUGCAAUAUGCAUACGGUUAGGGAGAGCAAAUCGUUAUUGCAUCUGUAAACGAGGAUUUCUUGGAGAUGGAAUGAAUUGCACAGGAAAUAUUGCUGAGACGCUACAGUACAAUAAAGAUGCAUACCGCUUUAAUUGGUUAAAUGAGAGGUACAACAUUAAAGCUUUAUCAGGAGAGGGGCCUUUCACAGUAUUUGUCCCAUUGAAAGAGGCUAUUGAAAACAGCAGCACGAUUGCAGAAUGGACUCAGAAUCAGCUAAUUCAUUUACUUCGCUACCACCUUGUGGGCUGCCAGCAAUUACUCCUAGAUGAGCUCAUGGAUCUCUCCUCAGUUACCCCUAUGUCUGGUGGUAUCAUAACAUUUUCCACUAAGAAUGAUGAAGUGUACUUGAAUGACUUUGCCAAAAUAAUCAAAAGUCUUUUAACAAAUAACGGUGUCAUCCACUUUAUUGACAAAGUGUUAAUACCCAAAAUUCCAACAAACGCAAGUUCAUCUUUGCUAGGUGUAAGUCAGGCUGCCAUGCUUCAUGGUUAUUCUACAUUUGCCCAACUACUGAAGGAGUCCAACUUGCAUUCUGUGCUUAAAGAGAAAGUUCACCAACCUUUCACAAUGCUGUGGCCUACAGAUGAAGCUUUCAACUCCAUGCCAGCAGAGAGAAAGAGAUGGUUGUACCAUGAAGACCACAAAGAUAAACUCAUGGCCUAUCUAAAAGUUCACAUUAUUAGAGACACAAAGAUUACUGCAGCAAGCUUGCCUGAAGCCAAAUUACUUCGGACACUAUAUGGUUCCAAAAUUUCCUUUCAAUGCAGCACAACCAACAUUGGAGAUAUUCUUCUAAAUGAAAACAGCGCUAAGAUUAUUCAGCGGGAUCUGGAAUUUACUGAGGGAAUCGCCCAUGGGAUUGACCAGUUGCUUGAGCCUCCCAACAUUGGAGCUCGUUGUGAUGAGUAUGCUGUGACAACAGCUUCAAGCACACUAGACGCUUGUUCAAUAUGUGGCUUCGAGAGCCCUUGCCCCUAUGGAACCGUUGAUCGGGGAGAAACAGAAUCAUGUAUCCGUUCAAGAAGUCGGUUUGGUGCUGGCAUACGUAGAUAUUCUUCUCGGUAUCAGGGGCUUUAUGAUAGGUACAGAUACCGUACUACGGGCUGCAGAAAAAAAUGCUAUAGUGUUUCUUGGGAACCACGUUGCUGUAAGAAUCACUUUGGAGGAGAUUGCCAUGUGUGUCCCGGAGGCCUGGAAGCUCCGUGCAGUAAUCAUGGAACAUGUGUAGAUGGAAUAGCAGGAACGGGUCAGUGCAUAUGCACAGAGGGAUUUAAUGGGACAGCUUGUGAGCUAUGUACCCCUAACAGAUAUGGGCCAGACUGUAAAGAGUGCACCUGUACACAAAAUGGACAAUGUAGUGAUGGAAUUUCUGGUGAUGGAUCGUGUUUUUGUGCCGAAGGAUGGACUGGCCAGAACUGUGACAUUAAACUCAUGAUUGAGCCUAUUUGCGCGCCGGAUUGUGAUGGUAAUGCUACAUGCAGAACUGACAAUGAAUGUGAAUGUAACCCUUACUAUGAAGGCGAUGGGAGAACAUGCAAUGUUAUUGACCAAUGCAAGAAUUACAAUGGUGGAUGUAGUGUUAGUGCUCAGUGCUCUCAGGCUGGGAUAAAGGUUUCAUGUGCAUGUCUUCCUGGAUAUGAAGGAGAUGGAUAUGUGUGCACCCCAAUCGAUCUUUGUGCAAACGGAGAAAACGGGGGCUGUAGUGAACAUGCAACAUGUUUUUACACUGGUCCAAACACGCGGAGAUGUGAAUGUCACGAUGGUUAUGUGGGCAAUGGUGUGCAAUGCCUUGAAAAAUACAUUCCACCUGUUGACCGAUGCCUACAAGAAAAUGGAGGCUGUGACCCACUGGCAACCUGCACUGAUCUCCAUUAUGAAGAGAAAACAGCUGGAGUUUUUCAUUUGCAGUCCCCAAAAGGCAAAUAUCAAUUAACAUAUGAAGAAGCAGUAAGUCUAUGCAGUUCAGAGGGGGCAAGCAUCGCCACUUUCCAACAGCUGUCGGCUGCCCAACAGGUGGGCUAUCACCGCUGCCUGGUUGGAUGGCUGUUUAAUAGAACUGCAGGGUAUCCCACGGUGUAUCCCAGUGUAAGCUGUGGGUCAAAUCAUGUUGGAAUCGUAGACUACAAACAGAGAACAAACCUGAGUGAGACAUGGGAUGUCUACUGUUACCGCUUUAAAGAUGCAGAUUGCGAUUGUCCUGAUGGAUAUGUAGGUGAUGGCAGCUUCUGCAAUGGAAACCUGCUGGAAGUUUUGCAGGCAUAUUCUAAAACAUCCACAUUCUACUCAAUGAUUCUAGAUUAUAGUAAUUCCAGUUCUCAAGGUGCUGAAUUUUUGGAUAUGCUGGUAAAUAGAACUUCCUAUCGAACAUUAUUUGUUCCAGAAGAUAGCAGCUUUGACAACAAUGUAACACUAACAUGGCGGGAUUUAGAACAUCACAUCUCUAAACUAGACAUUUUAGUUCCAUACUCAAAUCUGACAAAUGGUACCACAUUGCUGUCCAACACAGGAUACAAUCUUUCUAUCUCAGAGUUCCUCGGUAAUUGCUCUCAGCCUCCAUGCCCUAAAGUUGUAAACAACAAAAUUAUUAUACUGUGGGAUAUCCCUGCCUUUAAUGGAAUCAUACAUAUUAUUGAUGGACCAUUAAUUGCACCACUUAUACAGGAGAUUACAGACAGCCACAUAUCACAUCCUGUAACUGCAGGGCUGGUCACUGUAAUGGUGAUUGCACUGAUCGCUGCUUCUGUUGGUUACCUGUACUACAGAAAACAGAAUGACGGUUUUCACUUCACACAUUUCAAGGGGGAAGAUGAUGAUCUAGAUAUGCAGAAUGUUGUAAAUCCUCCUCUAGUAACCUUUCCAAAUCCAGUUUAUGGAGCUAAUUGUUACUUUGACCAAUUUGAGGAGCCGUAUAAUGAUGGAGAUGAGGCUUCAGAUAUCUCUAAAAUUCUGCACUAG